AUGGAUACAGCAGAUUUAUUUCCGCUGCUGGAGCAGCUGGAUGACAAUGUGGAUGACUUGGAAGAUGUUCUGCAGCCUUUCCUGGGCCAGUCCCUGUCUAAGACUUCCAAAAAUCUGCCGGUGAUGGACAAGGCCAAACUUCACGUUCUGAUCACCUACACCCUCGAAUCACUCAUUUUCUCAUACCUCCGACUCCACGGCAUCGAUGCGAAACAGCACUCCGUCUUCCGUGAACUCACACGCGUGAAGCAAUACUUUGAUAAGAUCAAGGACUUGGAAACAGAGCCCGAACAACGCACGAUGACACUCGACAAAGCGGCUGCUGGGCGUUUCAUCAAGCACGGUCUCGCCGGCAACAAUAAGAUCGACUUGGAAUUGGCAGAGAAGCAGGCCAAGGAGAGGGCGCGUGCUCAAUUCAAGGCUGCCAUGCUCGCUAAGAAGCAGGCUGCCGAAGCUCAGAGCGAGGAUCCAUCCAGCGCACCCCCAUCUACUGCUCAAUCCGGCGCCGACUCUGAUGAUUCUGACGAAGAUAUGAGCUCUGAGGCUGAAGCUGAGCUUGCCAAAGAAAAAGAAAAAAAGCAGGCUAAGAUUGAAAAGGCCAAUGCCCGAAGCAAGAAUGUAAAGGUCGCUAAGAAGCAAGGAAAGCUCGACGUUGAUGGGCGCAAAGACCGCAAGAAGGAGAGGCGGCAGAAGAAGGAGGAUUUCCGCAAGACCCACAAGAAACAGUGA